CUCGAUCCGUUUAGCACAACGAAAGAUCCACGUUACGUUGAAGCGAAAGAUGAUCUCCUUUCUCACUUUACAUUAUGAUGUUGUAGCGCUUCGUCCAAAGAGCUGAUUUUUGGUUUCCGUUGCAGUUUCUGUCGGUGGAAUUAAGAGCAGGCCGUCUCUGGGCACCCGUCAUAAUGCAUCCGAUGCCCGUGUGCUCCGAUAACCGAGGAGACAUAUUUGACUGUAUACAGAGAGGGAAUAUUGAACUGUGUAUACAGUGCCUUCAAGAUGACCGAUCAGUUCUCAAGCUAAAAGGCUGGGGUGGUUUCACUCCGCUCCACUACGCUGCACUCCACGGUACCCGCGCCCUGGUUGACCUUUUCCUCGGUAAUGGAGCUGACCCCAACCUGUCAUCUGACGGAGGACAGACAGCCUUUCAUUUUGCCUGCAGGCAAGGGAACAUCUUUAUUAUACACCAAAUGAUGCAGUAUGGAGCCGAUUUGCGUCUCAUCGACCUGCAGCGAAAAACGCCACUGCACCAUGCAGUCACGGGGGGCAGCAUUGUUGCAGUGCACUAUUUGUGGGAAACAGGAAUGUUCCGGUUUUCAGACACAGACAUGUACCAGGUGACACCCCUUCACAUGGCUGCAUCCACAGGCAACACAGAGGUGGUACGGUAUUUGCUCAGAGACCAGAGAUGUGCUGUGGAUGCAGUUGACCAGCAGGGAGCCACCGCGCUCCAUGUUGCAGCAGAGAUGGGUGGAGUGGAGGUGUGCUGGACACUGCUGCAGAGAACAGGGUGCAGGAUGCUCUGUCAGAAGAACCACAGUGGCCUCACGCCACUGGACCUCUGCAAACAGGGGAAGACAUUUAGACAUCAGCAACUCACCAAGCUACUGAGACGAUACAUUAAGGAGCCAAUACACCACCAGCCCAGGGAGUCUCCUGUUUUGUAUUACUGGACACUGUGUUUUCCAACCCUGAGUGGAGCUGCCAUCCUGUUGAUAGCAGCCACAAUGGGAGGCUAUGGGGGGCUAACCUGUGGUUUGCUCUUCCCCUGGCUGGCUAGAAGCAUCUUCACACAAUAUCACCGCAUGACCACAUACCAAAGGUUACCAAACCCAAUCUACUUGGGAACCCUCAUAGCUGGCUUGUUCCAUUCCCUGCUCUGCUUCUAUGGAAAGAUGAUGCUUAGUGUGUGGUCAAACAGUGUUGUGGUCCAUGUGUCGAUGGUCCACUUCUCCGUAGUCCUCGUUUUGUUCUGCAAGGUUCUGAUUCAGGACCCUGGGACACUGGACAGAGCAGAUGCAGAUCCCCGGUUCACCUGUAUCGCUGACCUGGUGGAGAACAAUGAGAGCCCUCACAGGUUCUGUCCAUACUGUGAGUUGUUUGUGCCGGACUACACUAAACACUGCAAGCUGUGUGAGGUGUGCAUCAAAGACUACGACCACCACUGCCUUUUCCUCAACCGGUGCGUUGGCCGCAGUAACCACCGCCUCUUCCUCAUCUUCAUCCUCUCCAUGGCGGUUGCUCACCUGCUUUUUGUUGCCACGGCAACAAGUUACCUGUGCGACAAGAUGCCUGCGGGCAAUCGCAGGUUGUCGUCGUGGCUGACUUUGUUCGGGGAGGAGUUCUGGGUUGUGGUAAUGAUGACAAUGAAUGCACUGACACUGCUCUGGGAGGUGUGGCUACUGAUUGAGCAGUUUGAUGCCGUCGCCACGGGAACGAGCACCUACUUCAGACAGUGUGAAAGCUCCGCGCGGCAGCGGUCACUCGCACAGCGCUGGGUUGUCGUGCUGUCGUUUCUGCUGGAGGGUCGAAGACGGGUGGGAAGAGCACAAAUAAGAGAGGAUAAAACUUCUAUAGACAUUUAAAAUUGUCAGCUUGUCUUGUGUCCAGUAGUCCGUUUACAGAGUCUUUAAUGCCAUAUAACAUGUUGUACUUAAAUGUAAUUACAUCCUAAUAUUCUAUUUUAAUACACAGUAGGCUGCAGAAUAGAUUAGUCAGCAGAUUUAGCUUUAGGUUUAGAUGUUCGCCUAGUUUUUAGAAGCCUCUCAGAAUACUUUUGUUCCAAUUAAUGUGUUGGUUUACUUUGUUCUGUGUUGUGAAGUACUUGAUUCCAAAACUGUGUUUUAGCAGGGAGCACCUCUGAAAUAAUGCUCACUUUUACACCGUG